AUGGCUGGACAAGACAAGAGAUGGAAGGACACGACAAGAGAUGGCAGGACACGACAAGAGAUGGCAGGACACGACAACAGACGGCAGGACACGACAACAGACGCCAGGACACGACAACAGACGCCAGGACACGACAACAGACGGCAGGACACGACAACAGACGGCAGGACACAACAAGAGAUGGCAGGACACGACAACAGACGGCAGGACACGACAACAGACGCCAGGACACGACAACAGACGGCAGGACACGACAACAGACGGCAGGACACGACAACAGACGCCAGGACACGACAACAGAUGGCAGGACACGACAACAGAUGGCAGGACACGACAACAGAUGGCAGGAUACGACAACAGAUGGCAGGACACGACAACAGACGCCAGGACACGACAAGAGAUGGCAGGACACGACAACAGAUGGCAGGACACGACAACAGAUGGCAGGACACGACAACAGAUGGCAGGACACGACAACAGACGGCAGGAUACGACAGGAAAUGA